AUGACGGCUCACGAGAGGGAGGCUACACUUCUCCUGCUCAAGAGGCGGAACAAGGCUAGACUCGAGGUUCUGAGGACCGAGGGUCGUUCAUAG